AUGUUAACUGUUCGACUUCCCAAGGAGCCGACAGUUGACUUUAAUCAAAUUCGUGAUGAUUUAAUUAAAUCUGAUGAAUAUCUUUGCUCUGGAAAUUUACAAGAUUACGUUCUGACAAAAUAUCAAAAUUGUGAAGAGUUUGUUCGUGAAUGGAUUAUUGAAGAUUUGCAAAACAAGAAGAAAAAUGUUUAUUCGAAACAUGAAGAAAUUAUCAAGUUGAAAGAACUCCAUGAUGAUUUAAAAUAUGAAAUUAUUCAAUUCAUUCCGACAUGUUCAUCCACUUUCAAAGACGAAACUUCUCCCCUAUUCGACACUCAACUAAUCACCCUUCACAAAAUGAGACUAAUCUCCAAAAAAUUCAAUUCAAUAAUGAUUCACAGAAUUCUCACUCUUUCUCACAUGGAAAUUGAUUUAUCUCACCCAUUAACAAAAUCACAUUUUUACAAUUUGUUAAAUGCUCAAGCUGAGUACAAAUUAGAACAAAAUAAUUUCAAUUCUCAAGAAUUACUCUUAAUCAAAAAUCAAUUGGAACAAGAAACAAAUCGAACCAUGGGUUUAGGUUUUCAAUCUCCAUUGAGUUUUGAAAAUUAUCCUGCAUUGCCCUUUACACGUGAAGAAUUGAAAGAAUAUAAGAAAGCACUCUGCCAAACAUUCAAGAAACCAAUUAAUAAUAAUAAUAGGGUUGAACGUUACAAAAUUAAGAAUGUUAAUACUACAAUUGAGAGUCUGGUUGUGGAAAUAAGUAUGAAUCAAUUAUCAUCUAUCGAACAACAUGGUGAUGAAUUUUCAUCCAUUGCUGAUAAUUGCAAACAUUUGAAAAAGCUCUAUGUAGUUUCUGAUAGAUUUAGCGUACCUGAUGAUUGGACAGUAUUUGAAUCUUUGGAGGAAAUACAUUUUUGCAGUAGCGUUUCAGUACUUGAUUUGAAUUCUGAAAAUGUAAAGAGUUUUUUGAAUUUCCUAUUUUCUGAAUGCCCAAAACUCCACUCCAUUACAUUUUCUCCUUUCAUCCAAAACUAUCCAAUUUCUAAACUUGAGAAGUAUUUAAACCCCCAAAGAUGGCAUAAUCGCAGCUUUAAAAAGAUGAAUAUUUUCAUUAAGGAAGAGAAUGGUGAGAAUACUCUAGUCAAAUCAUUCGACAGCCCUUCAGAAUAUUUAAAAAAAGAGGUCAGCAUCUUUCUAUCGUCCAAGUCAUCACACUUAAGCAAGAAUGUUUUCAGAGAAUUGGAGAAAAUCUAUGGUAAUUCAUUUAUAAGAAAACAAUUUCCAGGAAUGCUUUUUUCAUCCUUUUUGGAUCCAUCCUCAUUUGAAGAAUUGAGAAAGUUUAGAGAUUUGUGUGAUUAUGCUUUCAAAGAAAGAUGUAUCCCAAUUCAAUAUUUGGAUUUGUUGAAUUUUUGCACUACUUGUUUUAUACAACCUUUCAUGAUUCAGUAUAUUUGCUAUCUAUGCAAUGAAUAUCAAGAGUCUCGAUUAUUUGUCAUAGAAUUGAUGCAAGAUACGCAUAUGAAUACCUUUUCACAUGCUUUGAGAUUCAUUAAUUUUGGAUGGGAUUUUAGAAAGCCAAAGGCACUUAAUAACCUAGUUCAAUUAUUUACUAAUGUUGAUACAAUCAUACCCAUUCUUGAUAACUUCCCAAUCAAUGAUGAAACCCUAUUGAGAUUAUUAAGAAAGUUUAUCAUUGGUUCAUUUGGCUCAGUUUAUCAACAUGAACAUCAGGACCAAAUUAAUCUUUUCAUUUGUCAUCUUCUUUCUCAUAAUCCAAGAAGGCUUUGUGAAUAUUUGGUUGAAGAAAGAAUCCAUUUCACAUUGCUAUCCAAACCAUGCAGUAUUCCAUUACUUGCUGCCUUGUUCUAUACCCGCACCUCUCACUUCCUUUAUGCCAUUAUUAAGGAAAUGGAUCAAGACAUAUUCAACAGAUUGGGUGUGAACGAAAGAGGAGAUUCCAUUCUUCAUCUCCUUUUAUAUUUGAGAGAUGAUUCCUUUUCUUUGGAUUAUAGUCUAUUGUGUGAAAUUGUAAAAAAGAAUUCAAAUUUGUUGAACUUGGAAAAUGCCAAAUCCCAAACACCUCUCCAAAUCAUGACGAAAACAGAACAAACAGCAAAAUUGGUCUUGAAGGAACUCAAACGUACUAUUAAGGAUGUGAAAUUUUAAGUCAAUUAUUUAAUUUUGUAAAAUGUUUUAGAGAUUUUAUUCUCACAACAAUUCAAAUGAUGAUUCCUAGUAGAAUUCCUAGUAUAAAAACUGUCAACAUUCGAAUAUU